AUGAAUAGGUGGGAAGACUUCAAGAUCGUCAUGUACAUAUACGAACUCUGGAUGCUCCCUCUUCGCGUGGCCUGGGGCACGGGAUACGGACGAAUCCAAGAGCUAAAGUGCUACCCUCUGCUGGACUCGUCGUGGACAAAGGGCUGGACCUUCUGGCUGGACGUGACAUUCGACUUCCUGUUCGCAGUGGACAUCCUGCUCACACUCCUGUCUCGG